AUGGGGAGCAGCGGCGCCGGGGUUGCGUUGCUGACGCUGUUGCUGCUCCUGCAGCCCACGUCCCAGUUCUGGCUCUUCAACGUCCUCUUUCCACCCACCACCACCCCAGAAGCUCCCCCGACCAACAGCACGCCACCCGUGGUACUUGUGCCCGGGUGUCUCGGGAACCAGCUAGAAGCAAAGUUGGACAAGCCGGACGUGGUGAACUGGAUGUGCUACCGCAAAACGGAGGACUAUUUCACCAUCUGGCUCAACCUCAACACUUUCCUGCCGGUGGGAGUUGACUGCUGGAUCGAUAACACCAGGGUGGUGUACAACCGAACCUCUCGGAAAAUGACCAAUGCCCCAGGGGUGCACAUCCGCGUGCCUGGCUUCGGCAAGACCUAUUCUGUGGAAUACCUGGAUCAGAGCAAGCUGGCAGGUUACCUGCACACCCUGGUGCAGAACCUGGUGAACAACGGCUACGUGAGGGACCAGACGGUUCGGGCAGCCCCCUACGACUGGAGGGUCGGGCCCCAGGAGCAGCCCGAAUAUUUCCAGAACCUGAAGGCACUCAUCGAGGAGAUGCACGAUGAGUACCAGCGACGCGUCUUCCUCAUCGCACACAGCAUGGGCAACCUGAACAUCCUCUACUUCUUGCUACAGCAGACGCAAGCCUGGAAAGAUCAGUACAUCGGGGGUUUCAUCUCCCUGGGUGCCCCCUGGGGAGGGUCCGUCAAGCCCCUGCGUGUCCUGGCGUCCGGUGACAAUCAGGGCAUCCCACUCAUGUCCAACAUCAAGCUGCGUGAAGAGCAGCGCAUGACCACCACCAGCCCCUGGAUGUUCCCAACGAGCCUGGCCUGGCCCGAGACCCACGUUUUCAUCUCCACACCCACCUACAAUUACACCUACCGGGACUACCAACGCUUCUUCACCGACGUCAACUUGGAGGAUGGCUGGUACAUGUGGGAGGACAUGAAGGACUUGCUGAAGGGCUUACCCCCUCCUGGGGUGGACACGUAUUGCCUCUAUGGCACAGGCUACCCCACUGUGGAGACUUACAUAUAUGACGAGCGUUUCCCUUACGAGGACCCCGUGGACAUGAUUUAUGGCGACGGGGACGACACCGUCAACACACGCAGUUUGGAGUUGUGCAAGCGAUGGCGCGACCAGCAAAAGCAGAAGGUGUACGUCCAGGAGCUGCGAGGCGUCGACCACCUUAACAUGGUCUUCAGCAACCUGACGCUCAGUUCCAUCAACGAAAUCCUGCUGGGGAGCCCACAGGAGCAGGGGGAGCCGGGGCAGGUGAGAUCCAGCCCAGAGGCAGGGAAGGGGGGGAAGAUCCUGCCUGGACAGAAGGUCCUUAAGGAGCCCAAAAAGAACUGAAAGGAAUGGGGGCCAGCUUCCCUCCAUGCUGGUAGCCACCACAAGCUGCCACGCAGGACUUGGAGCUGAGUAUGGAAGGAAAAGGAGCAAGACCGACAACUCAGGUGGAUGGGCUGGCACCCACUUCCACAAUGAUUGGUUUUUCUUUCGGGAACGGCGAUUAAUUAUACUUCAGAGGCUUGUCACUUCCCACUAGCGGGUGGAUAAUUAACCGCGCUGCCAGCUCAUUAACAUCACACUUGCGAAUUACGGCGUACGCACAAGCCCUCGUCGCUAGCAAGCCAUGUUUAGGCACUUUAGAGGCUGUGGAGCCCGCGGUGCCGUAGCCUCUGCUCAUUUGGGACAGAGCAACUCGUGUAAUGAGUGUGGGCUCUGGCUU